UUGCCCAAAUCUCAAUGUCCCCAGGAAGCAACAAAAAGAGAGAGAGAGUGACAGAUACUCAAAGAGUCAAUUCCUUUCUAUUUUAUCUCGAGGUGGUAUAAGUUUUCCAAGUCAUUCCGAUCCAAAACCAAAACAGAGGCCCUCACAAAUCGCCACCCCUUGUCGUCUUUCAUUCUUUAACGGUCACCUGAACCCACCCCUCCCCCCGGCUCUCUCCGCUUAUCUGUCACUGUGAGAAGACUAUGAGUGUAACGCACCAGUCUCCAUAGCCCACUACUAUACAAUACCGAGGCCACUCUCUCUCUUUCACUCACUAUGUGGAGGUUGGUUUGUUUGAGAUCAAAUUCUUCACCGAGAAUGAGAUCUUCAGCUUAUUAGCUCCGGCUGUGACUCUGGCUAAAUCCUAGAUUCAAUUCCGAUUCCGAGAUGCUGACGUGUAUUUCCUGCUCCUCCAAGCAGCUCAACAAUGGAUCUCUACCGCACCAGGAUGACGACGACGGCGUUGUCGCCACUCCGAGGACGAAGCAAGCUCUCAAGGCUCUCACCGCUCAGAUCAAGGACAUGGCAUUGAAGGCCUCGGGAGCCUACAAGAACUGCAAGCCGUGUUCGAGGCCGUGCGGGGAUCACCGGAACCGGAACUGUGCGGAUUCCGAUACGGCGUCGGAGUCGGCGAAGUUCCACUGCUCGUACCGGAGAACCGGGAGCUCGAAUUCGACGCCGAGGCUGUGGGGGAAGGAGAUGGAGAGCAGGCUGAAGGCGCUUUCGAGCGGCGAAGGGACGCCGGCGUCGGUGAGUGGGAGGACUGAGUCUGUGGUGUUGAUGGAGGAUGAUGAGCCAAAGGAAUGGGAAGCGCAAGUGGAGCCGGGUGUGCUCAUCACUUUUGUUUCUCUGCCCCAAGGAGGAAAUGAUCUGAAGCGCAUUCGAUUCAGCCGGGAACUGUUUAACAAAUGGCAAGCUCAGAGGUGGUGGGCAGAGAAUUAUGACAAGGUCAUGGAAUUAUACAAUGUGCAAAGGUUCAAUCACCAAGAAGUCCCACUUCCAACCCCACCUAGAGAUGAAGAUGAGAGUUCAAAGGUUGAAUCUUCUAGGGAAAGUCCCGUGACUCCCCCAAUGGGCAAAGAACGCCUGCCCCGCAACUUCCACCGGCCAAUGGGCGUGGGGUACUCUUCAUCAGAUUCACUUGAUCACCAUCCAAUGCAAUCCCGUCACUACUGUGACACCAGUGGUUUAGCUUCAACUCCUAAACUUUCCAGCAUAAGUGGAGUCAAAACUGAGUCGUCAUCAAUAGAUGGUUCUAUAAGGAGUAGUUCAGAGGCAGAUCGCUCAGAGGUUUCAAUUAGCAAUGCCAGCGAUAUGGAGACUGAAUGGGUUGAGCAGGAUGAACCAGGAGUGUACAUCACUAUCAGAGCAUUGCCAGGUGGUGGUCGGGAGCUCAGACGUGUCCGGUUCAGCCGAGAAAAGUUUGGUGAAAUGCAUGCGAGAUUGUGGUGGGAAGAGAAUAGGGCCAGGAUUCAGGAGCAGUACUUAUGACUUAGAAGUUAGCACAUCUUUGACAUGGCGGUGCAUGGCAAUUGCAUUCCUCUUGAAAAUGACAUUUAAAGCAGCUGUAUGUUCUUAGGCUCAAAUCUCAUCAGAAAAGCUUUCAUGUAGCAAUUAUGUCCCGGUUAUUUACUUUGGUCUAUAUCUUUGUGAAUUAUGGGUUUCUUUUUUAAUUUUUCGCUAAAUGUUAGUUUCUUGGGAAUUUGGUGAAUGGGUGUGGACAAUGGAUCUGAUGAGAAAUGUUUUCUCACCAGAAUGAAAAAUUUCAUUUUAAUGAUAUAUACUUUUCAUAUUACUCAUAGAG